AUGGAAGCAAGAUCUUGGAGUGAUGUGAAGAAGGGGUCACAAGCCAAGGAAUGCAAGUGGCCUUUAGAAGAUAGAAAAGGCAAGGAAACCGAUUAUCCCCUUGGAGCCUCCAGAAGAAACCAGCUUGGCCAACACCUUGACUUUAGCCAAGUGAAAACAAUACUGAAGAGAAAAGCCGCUUCUGCGCUAGUGCGCAAGCGCCAUGCCCGUGACGCGUCGAGCUCUUCCAGCGCAUGCUCCGCCUAUUCCAAUGAACGCGAAGCACUGGGGCUGCGCGUGCGCACGCCGCCUUCACCCGGAAGCCCUAGUCUUGGUGCGGAGUACCGACCCGCGAAGAUGAACCCUUUGACUAAGGUGAAGCUCAUCAACGAGCUGAAUGAGCGAGAGGUCCAGCUUGGGGUAGACGAUAAAGUGUCGUGGCACUCUGAGUACAAGGACAGUGCUUGGAUUUUCCUGGGAGGGCUUCCUUAUGAACUGACAGAAGGGGAUAUCAUCUGUGUGUUCUCACAGUAUGGAGAGGUUGUUAACAUUAAUCUCGUGAGGGACAAGAAGACUGGGAAGUCCAAAGGAUUCUGUUUCCUCUGCUAUGAAGACCAGAGGAGCACAAUCCUGGCCGUUGAUAAUUUCAAUGGGAUCAAGAUUAAAGGACGAACCAUCCGAGUGGAUCACGUGUCUAACUAUCGUACUCCUAAGGACUCAGAAGAGUUGGAUAAUGUGACCAAAGACCUCCAGGAGAAGGGCUGUGGGGCUCAGACGCCCUACAAAAAGGAAAAAAAGAAAACAAAGAAAGCCAAGGAGAAGAUUGACCGGGAGAUCAAGGCAGAGCCGCCAUCCUCUUCUUCAUCACCUAGAAGCAAGAUGAUAAAGGAAAAGGAGGAGGCUGGCUUGAGCAAACCCAGAAGCAAGAGCUCAGAGAGGGGUCAGAAGGCAGAGGCCAGGGAGGGCCGCAAACCCCACGCCAGCUCCCCUGAGGUCAGGACUGUGUGGCGUGAAGGAGUGGCAGACCUGGAGAAGGAGCUGAGGAAGGAGAAACCCAAGCAUGAGCACAAGCCCUUGAGCAGGAAGGAGGAAAGAGAGGAAAAGAACAGGGAUUGGGACGUAGGUCGAAGCUCAGACACACAUUCUAGCUGGCACAAUGACCAUUCUGAAGGGCGGGGUCAGAGAAGUAGAAGUAGGAGCAGAGAUAGAUCCCAUUGGCACAAGAGGGCCCGGUAUUCCCGGGACCAGGACCAGGACCAGGAGGCCUCUAAUCCCAGUGAGCGCAGGCAUCACUGA